UGAGAGCUGCGCUGUUCGGAUCGUGGUUCUGGCUGGGAUUGGGAUUGCUCCUGCUGCUGGCCGGCGACUCCGUCGUGGUUUCCGCCAAGCGCUUCCUGCGCUGUGAACUGGCACGCAAGCUGCUCGACCAGCAUGGCUUCGAACGCAGUCUGCUCUCCAAUUGUGAGGAUUUGUUUGUUGGAGCACGAAAGUGAUUUGGAUACCGGCAGGAUCGCCACCAAUCCGAAUGGAUCUCGCAACUAUGGGUUGUUCCAAAUCAAUGGCCGGUUUUGUCAGGAGGGAAGACGUGGCGGCAUCUGCAAUGCCAAGUGCGAAGAUUUUCUGGAGGAAAAUCUAAGAGAGUCAGCCACUUGCGCCAAGCGCAUACAAACCACGGAUGGUUUUCGCCACUGGGCAGGAUGGCAACGAUAUUGCCGAAACACCCAGAAUUUGCCUAAUCUUAAGGUCAUCUGUGGUAUCUAGCUGUAAUUAAGUUAUUGCAUUCAUUUGCUAUGCUUGCUAUAACAAAAAAAUAUACUUAAAAUAUACCCUAAAGUAAUCUUAAAAGCUAAAUAGUUUUGAUAUCUUCAAGAACUGUGGCUCCAAAAUUACACUACAACGCUAAGGAGUUCCUAAAAAAUUCGCGCUGUACCUUGGACGAAAGCAAACAAAUGGAAUACAGUCGGUUGAUCCGAACCCAAAUCGGUUUUGCAAUGUGGUGAGUUUGGACUCAACAAAGCUUGCGAUCGGUUUAAAACCAUAUCGCACUGACAACCCUACUCGCUCUCUCAGUUUUGCUCCGACAUUGGCUCAUUAUCAAGUUAACGAAAGCUUUGAGCUUUUGCGCCAAAACUUUGUGGAGCACUUGGGGGCACUAUCUCACGUACGUGGGGCUUUCAUUUGGCGACAUCGGCCGAACAAAUUGGAGCGUUUUUUCGCAACGUGUGUUCGUUCACAAGAGAUCAAAAUACAUUCAAUCCAGAAAGUAU